AUGUUGCGUCUUGUGGAUGAAGACGGGCAGCCGGCUGUGAUCGGACUGAGCCGCGGCUUGUGGUUGAAUCUGUCGGAUUUUGUUGGCGAGAUGAAGAGCUUGGGAAAGGCCGAACCGACCGAGGGCAAACAAGGCUCCGCAGAGGGCUCACAGCUUGGAUUUCCUAGAAAUUGGCCUGCUGCUUAUAGUUCAAGCUCGUUGAAAGCACUGAUUGGCAAGCGUGGCGUGCUUCCUGGAAAGCGGGUGGCAGUGGCAGGGGGGCCUUCAGAAGAAGAGAAGAAAGUGUUGAAGCCACUUUCUUUUGAAGCCCGUCCUUUUCCGCAAAGCUUUUCAAACGCACAAUUCAUUGCCAAACUCCAGCCAGGUCUCUCGAUUGUGCGCGGGUGGGUUGUUUGGGAGUGGCUGGACCAAGAGCCUGGCAAGUUUCUUGCGCAGCGAUAUUGGUGGAACAGUCACCACGAUGGUCGUUGGGUGGACUUCACUCCGCGGCCCAGUGGUAUUGAUCAAUUGCUGCUGGUGGAGGCUGAAGGGGAACGUGACAAAGAGCCGAAAGAACUCCAAGUCCUGAGCAGGGCACAAGCUGAACUGACUAACCAGCUGCUGUCAAGGUUUGCUCCAGAGCCUCAUGGGCCCCAUAGCCCCUGUGUCAAGGAGCAGCCCGCUCAAAAGCUGCAGGCAAAGCCACAGGCAAAGUCGCAGGCAAAGCCACAGGCAACGCCACAGGCUGCCAAAGCAUUGGACUACUCAAAGUGGAGCAACAUUGUGGAUUCCGAUGAAGAACAAGAUGAACAAGGUGGGUUUCGAGAUGAAGAUGUUGGGGUGAAAGAUUUGGCCGAAGGUCCUCGAGGCACAGCUAAAAAAGAACCUCCCAUCCCCGACUAUUUGCUGGGAAGCACGAAUGGCGGAGGUGGCACCAACUGUCUCACCUCCCUGGUGAAAAUGCUGGACUCAGAGCAGACACAAGAAAAUGCACAUCAAUUGGCACAAGUCUUUGGUCGAACUUUCCACAGUGCAAUGCUUGAUAAAGCAAGGCAGGACUUUUACAAGAAGGCCUUGGAGGCCAUGAAAGAGGUGGCAAAAGAUGCUUAUGUAGUGAUUCUUGGCAUCGGGUCCCUUCUUCCAAUGCUUCGUGUCGCCCAUAGCUUUAGUGGAGUGCUGCUGGAAAGCUCCGCGAAGUUGGCGGACUUGGCUCAGCAGCUGUUGAGCAGCAAUCAAGUUGGCACACACCUGAAGGUCGCGGUGGUGAAAGCCUUAGACGAUCAUGAAGCUGUCCAAGAGGCUUUACAACAACAUGUGCCUGCGGGGUCGUGCACUGUCGUCGUUUUGACAGAGAGGAUGGCACAUGAUCUCCUUUCGAAUGGCAUUGUGCCUUGCAGCCUGGCCGUGCACGAGGCACUGAGGAAGCUGGUGCCCUCGGCCAGGAUUCGGCACAUCCCACAGACAGUGGAACUGCUGGUUGCUCCAGCUGAGAUUAGAUCUGACCGUCUCAAAGACUUCGACAUACGCCCUUUCAAUGCUUUGCGGCACACCUCCUCAAACGACAAGGCCGAUUUUUGGUGGUGGCCAGUACGCAUGGAUAACCAGCAAAACACUGUGUGCUCUGUCCUUGGCCCGAGCAAGACCCUUUGUGGCUUUGAUUUUGACCGAGCUCCGGAAAUUGCAUUGGAUGAGGUGCGGAGACCCUUGAAACUUCAGGCUUUGCAGAGGGGGCGCUGCAAUUGCGCAGCAGUUUGGUGGGUGGCCAAAUUUCAGGACUUGGAGUACUCCACUCGCCCACUUAUGGCUGGAAGGGGUGUAGACCAGAAGGACAGAGCACAGCAAAGAUCCGAGUGGAAACAAGCCAUCCACUACUUGGCUGGAGAAACCGCGCUGUUUCCGGGAGAUGUCAUUGAGUUGCUCGUGUCCAUUACUCCGAGAUUCACGUUCCGGAUGAUGCAACAAAGCCCCAUGUCAGUUGAGGCCCCACUGUGGGUGCAAGCACCGACAAACAGCAAGUUCAGCGCAACUUUGCCGAUCUUACCAUAUCAUUUCCUCAUGAUGACAGACUUGGAACGCCUGAGAGUUUAUCAAGAUGCCCUUCGAGAUGCAAUCCGAAACCAGAGCAAGAAGCUGGGACGCCGCUGUCGCGUUUUGGAUGCUGGCUGUGGUAUUGGGCUCCUGGGUUUAAGUGCAGCCUUGGAAGGCGCAGAGGUCUGGCUGUGCGAAGCGGUGCCUUUGAUGCGCCACGUUUGCCGGGAGGUGGUGGCUGCCAACGCAGGCCUUGUUGCAGAGAAGCGUGGACUGGUUCAGCUGCUUCCACCCAUGAUGUCCACGCGGCUCCACACCGAGGAUGUGCCAAAGUUUGACAUUGUUGUCUCAGAAGUGAUGGAUUUGUGGUGCCUUGGAGAAGGAAUCAUUCCCACCAUGCGGCAUGCUCAUAAGAAAUUGCUGGCUGAAGAUGGUGUCAUGUUGCCGGGGAAGUUGCAGAUCUAUGCUCAACCCUUAGAGCUUUCUCUUUGGAGCGAAGUGGAGCAGAAGGAGCAGCUGGAGCUGUCCAUGUUGACGCAACAAUUUAAGAACAAGUUCUCAGCUCUCCGCAUCGACCAAUUCGCACACCGUUUCUUGACAGAGGAACCCAUUCUUGCACUGGAGAUAGACUUGUCAGAUGUACCUCCUCAGCCAGCUGAAGGUGAAGCAAACAUUGAGGGAGGUGUGAAACUCUGCAUUCGCAUGGGCGGCAAACCAGCUCUUCGUGCCAAGGUUAGCUCAACCAAGAUUGAUCAUCGUGGGAUGCUAUCAGGCUAUGGCAUUUGGUGGUCCGCUGACCUGCGCAAUGGGCACAGUGUCACCAGCGAUCCUCGUAAUCCACAGAGGAGUUGGAAGCAACUUGUGAGAUGGCUUGACCAACCACGACCGGUGGAACAGAACGAGGAGAUUCAGGUGAGCUGGACAGAUUGGCAGGCGCCGCCUGGCGGCGGCGGUGCGUCCAAAUAA